AUGCGGCCGCCUUCUACCUCGGCGACUUCCUCGUCCGCGCUCAAGGGGAAGAAGCGGGCCAGCGACCGGACCACGGCCGCGCUGGAGGCGAGGGUCAAGAAGCAGCGCCGGACGGGGCCUAAGAAGGUUCCGGAAGCGGCCGGGGCCGCUAUAGCGUUUUCCAAGGGCGGCGGCUCUCGCCCGACUCCCAGCGUCAUAUCGCCAGUCCAGCGACAGAGGAGGGAGCCAACUCCGCAGCCUACGCCGUGUGCGCGCACGCCACCCGUCGUCGUGCCGCCUAUGAUCACGCCGCCUGCCGCGGGGGCAGGCUCUUCGGCUGCACCUUCUUCGGAUGCGCCCGGUUCCGGCUCUCGGAGUGAGCCGGCUCGCCGCGUCGGCCAGCCGACUCUUGACGAUCUCUUUCCGCGCCGCACUCGGCUUAUAGAGCCUGCGGCUGGAGCCGGCAGAGGUGCGCCCGGCGGGGUCGUGCCUUCCACGACCGGAGCCGGCGGGGCCGUACCUGACGUCGUCGUUCUGGACGCAAGUUCGGGCGAAGCGCCGCCUGCGCCGUGGUCUGCUAUCCCCGCCGAGCCAACAGCUUCGGCCGCCCCGCCUCCAUCUUCGGAACCGGCGAGGGAGGAGCCGGCGGGGCUAGAGCCGGCGCGCUCAGCCGACGCCGAUGCUCAGGCGCUGGUGACGAUGAAGGGCCCGAUGGAGCCGCCUCAAGGUCUUCAUGUUUCCAAGGCCGCCUCCCUACUCAAUGUGGUGUCCGCCUCCGACUCCAGCCUUGGCUCAGCCGGCACCAUGGAGAAGGACUGGCACAAGGCAGAUGCUUGCGAGGUGACCAGCCGGGAUGGGCGUCCGGGCAAGGCGCCAGUGGAGAUGUUCUUCUCCGGCUUCCGCGCCUAUACCAAGGCCAAAGCCGCCGAGACCGAAGUCCUCCUGGUGCGGUUGGAGGCGGCCGACAAGACGGUUUCGGAGAGGCGGACCGCCCUGUACAACCGGCUUGUGGCUAGCUACCACAAAGCCAAGAUCGAGCGUGCCGACUUGGCCCGCGAGCUGGAGGCCGCCAAGGCUGUUGCCGCCCGGGUCCCGCAGCUGGAGGAGGAUCUUCGGGCCGCCCGCGCUCAAAGUGCUGAGAGCAAGCAGGCGGUCCGGACUGCGGCCGCCAAGGCGAAGGAGACUGAGGGGGGGCUGGCGCGGCUGCGCCGGCUUGAGGCCAACCAUCUUACUGAGCUUGCCUCCAUCAGGCGGGUUGAGCAGGAGAAGGUGGACGACCUCAGCAAACGGCUGGAGGAGGUGGACCAGCAGCGCCUGAAGCUUCGGGACGAGGCUGGGGGCAGGCGGCGUUUCUCACUGGCUGCCGCCAGUCUACCUUUUUUAACUUCGAUGAUCUCCAUCUUCACGCUAGGGGCAGGUGAUGACCCACAAGUAUAG